UUUUCAAUUCCAACAAAUCUGGAGAUCUUCAACCCUUUUCCUUCCCAUUUUGAUUUUCUUUCUGUUUGUUUCCCGAGAAAGUUAUAAAGAAACCGGCAAGAAUCGUAGCCCAGCUGCUUCCAUGGAUUCCGGUAGGUUUCAGCCGUUUGUCUCUCUCUCCGCCGCCUUGGCUCGCCCGGAUUUCGCCGGAGGUUCGUAGUUCCGGUCAAUGUUUCAGAUUCCGGUGCUCUAGCUUCCAUUUUCCUGUUCCAGUUCGUGUUCUGUUCAUUUUCCCGGAAAAUCAAGAACUCGGGGAAGAACGACGAGCACAAGAAACCGACCAUACCUCGAAAAGGCAAUGGAGCACUUGUUCAUGAAGCUCAAGAAAUGGAAGAACUCUGAAAAUGCUUCUGCUGCUGAAGCAAUGGCAAAGUCUGCAAAGAAGAAGGAUUUGAUCAUUCGUGGCUCGGGGACUAUACAUAUCGACGGUUCAAGCAACUUCGUCUCGAGUUUCUCGAAGCGGGGCGAGAAGGGUAUCAAUCAGGACUGCUGCAUUGUGUGGGAGGGAUUUGGAUGUCAAAAGGAUAUGAUGUUUUGUGGUGUUUUUGAUGGGCAUGGACCAUGGGGCCAUUUUGUUGCAAAGAAGGUUAGAGAAUCAAUGCCAAUAGCUUUGCUCUACAAUUGGCAAGAAGCACUUGUUCAAGCUUCUCUUCACUCACAUUUGGAACUCAACUUAGCCAAAACACAUCUAAAGUUCAAUUUAUGGGAGCAUUCUUAUAUACAAGCUUGUGCUAUGGUGGAUCGAGAGCUCGAACGACACCGUAAAAUCGACACGUUUCAUAGUGGAACGACGGCGCUUUCCAUCGUUCGACAAGGUGAUACAAUUAUCAUUGCAAACCUCGGUGACUCCCGCGCCGUGUUGGCUACAACUUCUAACGAUGGAAACUCGAUGCCGACACCAAUUCAGCUCACUAUCGAUUUCAAGCCGAAUCUACCUCAGGAGGCCGAGAGGAUAGCACAAUGCAACGGGCGGGUUUUCUGCUUGCAAGAUGAACCCGGGACGCACCGUAUUUGGUUGCCGAACGGGGAAACGCCGGGGCUAUCAUUGUCGAGAUCGUUCGGAGAUUUUUGUGUUAAGCAUUUCGGUCUCAUUUCCAUGCCUGAUGUAACACAAAGAAGUGUAACCAACCAAGACUUGUUUGUUGUACUUGCAACAGAUGGGAUAUGGGACGUGGUGUCGAAUCAAGAGGCGGUACAAAUCGUACAUUCGACCGUCGAUAGAGAAAAAUCAGCUCGACGUCUAGUCGAUUAUGCUACCGGUGCAUGGAAGCGGAGGAGGCCGGGAAUUGCAGCGGACGACAUGUCGGUUAUUGUCCUCUUUCUCCAUUCUUCACCUUUGCAUCAUUAACCUCUUGCUCUAAUGUAGCUUUACGAGCUUUAAUCAUACCACAUGACAUGGUGAACAAAACCAUGUCGUA